UUCAAAUCCCCAAUUUCUCGAUCUUCACCGUCACAUUCUCGUAAUCGACUUGUAGUUGGUCUUAUCACCGCACCGUUGCUGUGGAUUUCAAGUCGAAGGGAACUCUUGAUGGAAUCAAAGAUGACUACUAGCGCGUCUGAUUCAAAAGAUCCAUUCUUUUGCUUGAAAUGGCCAUGGGAUUCUAACAAACAACCCAAAUCUUCAAGCGUCUGCGACUUUCAAGGUCCGUGGCUCUUCAGAUCUAUGCAAACUAUUGGUUCAAUUGCUCUCAGCUCCUUGACUUCAUUUGGUCAAAACCCCAAUUUUAGACCAAAGAAGAAGCCUUUAAGUAGUUGUGAGCAAGGAGAAGCAGAGCAGAUGGCUUUUGCAGCUGCUUUAGCUAGCCAGAAAGAAGCUACAGUGCUUCAAUUUUACUCACCCAAAUGCAGACUCUGCAAUUCUUUGCUCAACUUUGUUUUAGAAAUAGAGAAAAGGAAUUCCAAUUGGCUCAGCAUUACAAUGGCAGACGCAGAGAAUGAGAAAUGGUUUCCUGAGCUUCUCCACUAUGACAUAAAGUAUGUUCCUUGCUUCGUUUUGUUGGACAAAAAUGGACAAGCUUUAGCCAAGACAGGAGUUCCAAGUAGUCGUGCUCAUGUCAUUGCCGGUAUCUCUCAUCUUCUCAAGAUGAAGCGACCACCCUCUGAGUAGUGAAACUAUGCUUGAUUCCACAUUUGAUGCAAACAAGUAAUCUCUAAAAGGUUGUGGAUGGUUUGUCUUUGGUGCAUAAAAAUAAAUAAUUGGAAUCAAAACCCCUGUUCUAGUAAUGUGCAUAAGUGAUUUCAAUUGGUACUAACGCUAUGGAAGAUUAUGGUGAUACUAGAUGUUUUUGUUAUUCAGAUACAUCUCUUUUUACUCUUUU